AUGAUCUGUGGGAGGUGGUCAACUCGGAUGUUGAACCGUAACCACUUAGAGGCAAUCCAACGUUGGCUCGGAUCAGGCAAACAUCUCGAUGAGAGGACCAAGAGGCACAAGGCCAUGUCUUGCAUUCAGAACUCAGUGUCAGAUGUGAUUUUCACAAGGAUUAUGGCCUGUGAAUCACCAAAACAGGCCUGGGAUAAGUUGCAAGAAGAGUUUCAAGGACAGAGAGGACAAGGCGCAACGAUUCUUGAAUUUGAGGAGAGAUUUGAGAAUUUAAAGAUGAAGGAAGAAGAAAGCUGUCAAGAUAGUGGAGAAAGUAAUAGCAACUCUGCCGAGAGGUAUGAGGCAAAAUCUCAUCUCUCGAGGACUCAAGGAUCAUCCACCAUUUCCCCGGACAGAGUUGAUCAAUGCUCUAUAUGCUCAAGCGCGAGGAGAGCAAGUAGACGGAAGAGCAUCAAGAAGGUGCCUUUCGAGCAAGGACAAAUCGCCUACAAAGGCAAGAAGGCUUGGAGAGACAAGCCAAAGAAUGAUCUUUGCGAGAGAGAAGGUCAAACUUGCAAGCACCGUAGAAGGGUUGGUCAUCCGGAAGAAAAGUGUUGGUUCAAUCCGGAUCUUGUGUGUCAAGAUUGUAAGAAGAAGGGUCAUGUUGAGAGAGUUUGCAAGAGCAAGACCAAAUCAAGACAGAACCGGUCUCAACAGAUGAAAGCCGAGGCUCGAGUAGCUAAGGAGGACAAGGACCAAGAGGAGCAAGUCUUUCUUUGUGUCAUGCUCACCGCCAGAAAGGCUCUCAUCCGGUUGGCUCCUAGACGAUGGAUGCACCAAUCACAUGACACCGAUCUUGCAAUCUUCAAGUCUUUAGACGAAACUGUAGAACCAAAGUCAAAAUUGCUCAAUUCUUUGGAGAAAGGUUACUCUGUGGUGUUCAAGGACAAGCGAUUGCAAAUCGGUGAUCCAAGUGGAUCCAAACCGAUGGCGAUCCCUAUGGUGAUAAGAGCUUUGUGGUUGAUGGACAAAGAAGUCGACAUUGCCUACACACCCACAUCGAUGAAUCUAAGUUGUGGCAUCAAAGGUGGGACAUGCCAACUUCGGAUCGAUGGCCCCAAUGGUCGAGAAGACUGGUGA